AUGCAAGAAAAGCAAACCACAAUAGAUGGCAAAACCUAUGCGUUGCCCCAACCGUUCAUGGUCUUGGCCACACAAAACCCUAUUGAACAAGACGGCACUUAUCCGCUGCCCCAAGCCCAGCUGGAUAGAUUUAUGGGGAAAAUUCUUAUAGAUUAUCCGAGCGAAGAUGAGGAACAAGCUUUACUGGCGCGUAUUGCCAACUCCCAAGAUGGGCUUACUCCGGACAUGCAAUUAAAUGUAUUGGAACAAGUGCUUACACUGCAAGAGCUGCAAGAUAUGCAAACCCAAGUAGCCCAGGUGCGCUGCGAUCAGCAAAUACUUAACUAUAUCGUAGCCAUUGUGCGCGCCACUCGCAAACACUAUGGCCUGGAUGCAGGAGCUGGACCGCGCGCCACUAUGGGACUGCUUCAAGCGGCCAGGGCCCACGCGCUCUUGCAAGGACGCGCGUUUGUGAUUCCAGAUGAUGUCAAAAACUGUGCCCCUAUGGUUCUGCGCCAUAGGUUGCGCUUGAGUGCUGAGCUGGCGAUAGAAGGGCGCAAAGACGAUGAACUCGUGCAAGAGAUUUUGGAAAAAAUCGACGCCCCAAGACAAUAA